ACCCACUCUUUUUCCCCAAAUUCUAUUAUACUUUUAGCAGCUAUAUAUAUGUUCACCCCGAGCAACAACUUCACAGUGAGCUCAUUCAUUCACCCCUCUCAAUUCUCUAAAUUAUUUUCACACGCAUUUUUUAUUUGAAAUCGGGAGUUGAGAUGGAGACCGAUGGAAUUCUGCUUGGAAUGGGGAAUCCUCUGUUGGAUAUAUCCGCCGUCGUUGAUCAAGGGUUCUUAGACAAGUACGAUGUUAAAUUGAACAAUGCGAUCCUGGCUGAGGAUAAGCAUUUGCCGAUGUAUGAAGAAAUGACAUCCAAGUACAAAGUGGAUUUUAUUGCUGGAGGGGCUACUCAAAAUUCAAUAAGAGUUGCCCAGUGGAUGCUACAAAUUCCUGGUGCAACCAGCUACAUGGGUUCCAUUGGAAAGGACAAAUUUGGGGAGGAAAUGAAGAAACAUGCAAAGCUGGCAGGUGUUAAUGUUCAUUACUAUGAAGAUGAAUUGCCUACAGGAACUUGUGCUGUAUGUGUGCUUGGUGGUGAGAGGUCAUUGAUUGCCAACUUGUCAGCUGCCAAUUGCUACAAACCUGAUCAUUUGAAGAAACCGGAAAACUGGGCUUUGGUGGAGAAGGCCAAAUACUACUAUAUGGCUGGUUUUUUCCUCACUGUUUCCCCAGAAUCUAUCUUGCUUGUUGCUGAGCAUGCAGCUGCUAAGAACAAGAUCUUUGCAACAAACCUGUCUGCUCCAUUCAUCUGCGAGUUCUUCAAGGAUGCACAAGAGAAAGUAUUACCGUACACAGACUUUGUGUUUGGAAAUGAAACAGAAGCAUUAACUUUCUCCCGAGUUCAUGGCUACGAGACUGAAAACAUUCAAGAAAUAGCCUUGAAGAUCUCCCAAUUGCCAAAGGCAUCUGGAACACACAAAAGAAUUACCGUUAUCACACAAGGUGCUGACCCCGUAGUGGUUGCAGAGGAUGGAAAGGUGAAGUUGAUCCCAGUCAUUCCAUUGCCAAAAGAGAAACUUAUCGACACCAACGGUGCAGGGGAUGCAUUUGUUGGGGGCUUUCUGUCUCAGUUGGUUCUUGAAAAGCCGAUUGAAGAGUGCGUCAGAGCAGGUUGCUAUGCAGCUAAUGUCAUUAUUCAGAGGUCGGGUUGCACGUACCCAGAGAAGCCAGAUUUCAAAUAAGCCAUUCUCUAAUUUCACAUGGAUAUUAUUCCUUCCUAAUCUUAGUUGAAUUUUGAAAUAUGAAUAGUGCUCGUAUUUUACACAUUGGUAUUUGGCCUCACACUUUGCUGUAGCGCCACAUCUAUGAGCUCUAUAUUGUUGCGUGUUAGGGAUCAAUCAUAUUUUGAUGAACUUAUGUAUCACUAUCUAUCUACAUUGUUUUUUGGGGAAACCUAUAUUUGAGACAA